CAGCUGCAAGUACCAGUGCACCUGCCUGGACGGGGCGGUGGGCUGCGUGCCCCUCUGCAGCAUGGAUGUCCGCCUGCCCAGCCCCGACUGCCCCUACCCACGCCGGGUGAAGCUCCCUGGAAAGUGCUGCGAGGAGUGGGUCUGCGAUGAGGCCAAAGAGCAGACCGCUGUGGGACCUGCUCUCGCUGCUUACAGACUGGAAGACACUUACGGUCCGGACCCAACAAUGAUGCGUGCCAACUGCCUGGUGCAGACCACGGAAUGGAGUGCUUGCUCCAAGACUUGCGGCAUGGGCAUCUCAACCAGGGUCACCAAUGAUAACGCCUUCUGCAGACUGGAGAAACAGAGUAGACUCUGCAUGGUCAGACCUUGCGAAGCAGACCUGGAGGAGAACAUCAAGAAAGGCAAAAAGUGCAUUCGCACCCCCAAAAUCUCCAAGCCCAUCAAGUUUGAGCUGUCUGGCUGCACCAGCGUGAAGACCUACAGAGCUAAGUUCUGUGGUGUCUGCACUGACGGGCGCUGCUGCACACCCCACAGAACAGCCACCCUCCCCGUGGAGUUCAAGUGCCCUGAUGGGGAGAUCAUGAAAAGGAAAAUGAUGUUCAUCAAGACCUGCGCGUGCCACUACAACUGCCCUGGAGACAAUGACAUCUUUGAGUCUCUGUACUACAGAAAGAUGUAUGGAGACAUGGCAUAAAGCCAGAAGGAGACGCUAACUAGAUUUGCAACUUGAACUGAUUUGCAUCUCAUUUUGUAAACAUGAUUCAAUAGCACAAGGUAUUUAAAUCAGUUUUGUUUUUUUAAAUUUCAACAAACUGCUCCAUGUGACUUAAGACAAUUUUUCUACUGACCCCAAAUGGUGGUUUGAAGAAGAAGGUAAAAACAGACGGUGGGACCACAGCAAGACACAGCUUCAGAACACAUUGUUCGUGAGGUGAUGUGAAGGAUUAAGGGAAGUAGGCAGGAAAAGCAGAUUCAAGUAAAUGUUCCCUUAAUGUGGUAGGGCGUGCUUCAUCUAGUAGUGCAAUUGUGAAGGAGACCGUUAGCACGUUUGCUGGCACUGGUUUAGUGACAGCAGCAGCUGGAAUGCAAACCCUCCCCCAGCAAAGUGCUAAGUAGAAGGUGUUCUGUUAGUCAGGACAGUAACGUUUCAGCUCUGACACUCUGAUUCAUAUGGCUUGGUCAACAAGAAUCAGAAUCAUGUCUAUUAGACUGGACAGCUUGUGGCAGUUAAUUUACCUGUAACAAGCUACUUUUUAUUAAUAUUGUAAAUACUGUGUGUAUAUAUAUUUGUACAGUUAUCUAAAUUAAUUUAAAGUUCUGUGCCUUUGUUUAAUGCUUUGACAUUUCAAUGGUAGCCUUCUUUUUUUGGAACAAGAUAGGUAGGAUUUAAAGCUUGUUUGACAAUGCAUUCAAAGCAUGAAAUAGAUACUCUAGUGGAAAUUGUUCAGGUGGGGCCAAACGGUGAGUCGAGAUCAAGAUGGAGAUUGUUAACGUUGAGGUGCCUGUAUCCUUGCAAAGCAUUCAUCUGGCAAAAUAGAUUUACUUCCACUGUUUUGAACAAGUGGCUUUAAGAAAAAUGGCUCUUCUGUAGCUCAUCAGUCUUUCCACUCGAGCAUUUGUUUCUCUUUGACUAUGGCUCUUUUUGGACAGUUUAUUUGUUGAGAAGUGUGACCAAAAGUUACAUGUUUGCACCUUUUUAGUUGAAAAUAAAGUAUUUAUAUUUUUUAUA